UCUGUAUAUCGUCAUAACCCGUCUGUCCUCGAGGCGCCUCCACCCGCCGUUAGACGCGCCGUCGCGUACUAUUUUCUCUUCCCCCCUUCCCCUCCCUUCGAGUAAUGCGUAUCCGCCAUGCCUCCCUCCUCGAAGCGACCGCAGAGGGCUCGUCGCGCCCGCGAUCCUAGUCCCAGCCCAACCCCGUUGGACCAGUCUUCGCCGUUGCGCCCUGCGAAGCGCAGAAAGAAGGUAGAGGAACCCCAGUCGGAACCCGUCGAGGACGAGGGCUCGAGCCUCACGGUUGACAACAUCGCCGCUGACGGUUCGACCGACGACGACCGGCUGAUCACCCAAGUAACCCAGCAUUUGCGAAGCAUUCACACGCAGGCUAGCAAGGACCAUGCCAAUGCUAUCCACGAGUCCAAGACCGAGGAUAUAGAGGCGUAUGCCAAGAUAUCCGCGCAAGAUUGGACCUAUUUCAUCAAGUCCUUAUCGAUUAACAUCGGUAGAACUUCCGAGCCCUCUCACUCCCAUCCCCCCACCCAGGACCCCAACGACAAGGACUUCGUCCAUAUCGACCUGGGCCCCUCCAAGACGUUCUCGCGCCAGACGGCUAUCAUCUACUACGAUUCCGAUCCUGGAAAGUGGUUCAUCCAGGCGAAGGGCCGCAAUGGACUCAAGAUCGACAAUGCCCCGUUUAAGAAGUCAGAUGACCCACAUCCCUUAUCUAGUGGUGAGGUCGUCGAGAUUGGUGGCAUCGAGAUGAUGUUCGUCUUGCCGGGAAGCCUCGGCCCCCUUCGCAUACACCCCAUGUACCUCGAGCAGGCAGGCAUCAAACCCUCGCGGUCGAGCCCUGUACGCGAAACGGGGAGGACCGCCCUACCAACUGUCCCGUCCGCGGACCAUUCCUCCUCGCAGCCUGCUGCCAGGCCGUCUUCUUCCCGCGGCCAGCCCUUCCAGCAGCCGAUCGCUCCCGCACCCCCCGAUUACAGGCGGCCGGGAACACCCCCUUCGGCUAAGAGCCGCCCCCCCACUUCCCAGCAGAAGACGCCUACGCACGGCUCUUCUGGAACUAUGAUUAUGAACCAGAGCGAUGUGGACUUGAGCAAGGACGAGAAUAAGCACAUCAAGCCCCAUUUCAGCUAUGCCCAGAUGAUCACGCAGGCUAUCCUCAGCACCCCCGAGGAGAAGUUGAACCUUGCCGGCAUCUACCAGUACAUCAUGAACCAUUACUCCUACUACAGGAACCAACCGCCAUCCGGCUGGCAGAAUUCCAUUCGACACAACCUGUCGCUGAAUAAAUCCUUCAUGAAGGCUCCGCGAUCGACGGACGAGCCGGGCAAAGGUAUGAAGUGGGAAAUCGUCCCCGAGUCCCGCGAGGAGAUGGUCAAGGUCGCCUACAAGGGCGGACGAGGUGGCCAUCGCGGUUCUUCUGCCCCUUCGUCUCCCAAUCAGCCUAGCCAGCUGAGCUACGUCACACAAGGGCCCAGGGACGUUUCAGCUCGAGAGCCCACAUCGGCACGCAAGCGCAAGGCCUCGCCAACGGCUUCGCCGCCCCCCAAGUCGUCCCUGAACCUGUCCCACGUAACACCAGACCGCAAGUUCCUACCGGCGGGGCCCGCGAGCUUCCAGGACGGCAGUCCUCUCCCGCGCCGCAAGCCGCUAGAUCUCUCUAGUUCGUUCGACGGCGCCGAAGCCCUCCCGCAGUCCCCACCGACCCUCUCGUCGUCGUACCUCCAAGAUGAAGGUACCUCAUUCGUGACCCCGGCGCCUCACCGUGUUCACCCACGGCUCGCACCCCCCAGCACGGCCCAGAGGCCGAGCCAGCACAUGCCGACCAGCUCGCCGGCCCCGUUCUGGAAGUACGCUGAUAUCAACAGCACGCCGCUGAAGUCGAUCCAAUACGACGUGAGCCCCCUGAAGCCCCGCGGCUUGCCUGGCAGCAGCAGCCCCCCGCCCGCCGCCGGCGACCGCUCCCCGAUUGCGAGCCCCACCAGGUCCACCAGGUCCGCCCGCGCGGGCCCCGAGUCGCAGGAAAAGGCCGCGGUCGUCGAGGAGGACGAAGAGGAAGGCUGCUUCGAUCUGACCAAGGGCUUCCAGAGCAUUGGUUCCUACCACGCCCCCGUACACUUCGGCGGCCUGGUCCCCCGAGCCAAUGGCGGCAGAGCGUGAGAUGAGAAUCACUGAGCAUCCACCGCCUCUCCCUCUCUCGGAACUACGAGGAGAACCGGGGAGGUAACGGACAGAAAGCGCCGUGAG